CAUUUAGUUUCUUCAUCAGAAUAGCCCAAUUUAAAUUGAGUAUGAAUUUAGUUGAAAAAUCAACUUUAUGCUGAGCAACUAUAUUUAGAAUUAUUAUAUAGAAUUUGGAUGAAUAUCAGUUUAAAAGGGGUCAAGACCAUAUUUCAUUCUCCAAUAUGGGUCAACCAAUUAAUUUAAGAGUAUAAUGCUAUAAAAUCUAGAUGCGAACAUUUAUUAUACGGUAUAUUACUUUGCGUGUUUGCUUAUUGUAUUCACAGUUUAUUUAAGACCAGGGAUAUUUCAAUAUGUGGUUUUAUGGAACGGUGAUGUUUUGGAG